GCCACCCGCCCGCCACCCGCCGCCUCGGCUCGCCCACCGUGCGCGCUUCAACCCCACCGAGCCGCAGCCCCAGCGCCGAGGGCGCGAGUCCCGCCGAGGAAGAAGAGGAUGGCAGGGCUGUGUCCCAACCUGUGGGCCAGGCUGCUGUUGGCAGGUCUGCUAAGUUUCAGCCUUCCAGGGAACAUGGCCAACCGCUGCAAGAAGGCUCAGGCGGAGAGCUGCACCGAGUGCAUCCGUGUGGACAAGGACUGUGCCUAUUGUGCGGAUGAGCUGUUUAAGGAGCGGCGCUGCAACACGCAGGUGGAGCUGUUGGCGGCAGGCUGCCGGCGGGAGUACGUGGUGGUCAUGGAGAGCAGCUUCAAAAUCACAGAGGAAACCCAGAUUGACACCACUCUGCGCCGUAGCCAAGUGUACCCACAACGCCUGCAGGUCCGGCUGCGGCCGGGGGAGGAGCGUCACUUUGAGUUCGAGGUGUUUGAGCCUCUGGAGAGCCCCGUGGAUCUGUAUAUCCUCAUGGACUUCUCCAACUCCAUGUCUGAUGACUUGGACAACCUCAAGCAGAUGGGGCAGAACCUGGCCAAGAUCCUGAGCCAGCUCACCAGUGACUACACGAUCGGGUUUGGCAAAUUUGUGGACAAAGUCAGUGUCCCUCAGACAGACAUGAGGCCUGAGAAGCUGAAGGAACCCUGGCCCAACAGUGACCCCCCCUUCUCCUUCAAGAACGUCAUCAGCCUGACAGAUGAUGUGAAGGAGUUCUGGGAUAAACUGCAGGGAGAGCGGAUCUCAGGCAAUCUGGAUGCACCUGAAGGCGGCUUUGAUGCCAUUCUUCAGACAGCUGUGUGUACAAGGGACAUUGGCUGGCGCCCUGACAGCACCCACCUGCUGGUGUUCUCCACUGAGUCUGCCUUCCACUAUGAGGCUGAUGGCGCCAAUGUGCUGGCUGGCAUCAUGAACCGCAAUGAUGAGAAGUGUCACCUGGACGGCAAGGGAGCCUACACCCAGUACAAGACACAGGACUACCCAUCAGUGCCCACGCUGGUGCGCCUGCUUGCCAAGCACAACAUCAUCCCCAUCUUCGCUGUCACCAACUACUCCUACAGCUACUACGAGAAGCUGCAUACAUAUUUCCCGGUCUCCUCGCUGGGAGUGCUGCAGGAGGACUCAUCCAACAUCGUGGACCUGCUAGAGGAGGCCUUCUAUCGCAUUCGCUCCAACCUGGACAUCCGAGCCCUGGACAGCCCCCGAAGCCUGCGGACCGAGGUCACCUCCAAGAUGUUCCAAAAGACAAAGACUGGAUCCUUCCACAUCAGGCGGGGGGAAGUGGGCACAUACGACGUACAACUGCGGGCUGUGGAAGAUGUAGACGGGACACACGUGUGUCAGCUGGCAGAAGAUGAUCAGAAAGGCAACAUCCACCUAAAGCCCUCCUUCUCCGACGGCCUCCAGAUAGACGUGGGCAUCAUCUGUGACGUGUGUGCUUGUGAACUGCAAAAAGAGGUGCGGUCAGCUCGCUGCCACUAUAGAGGAGACUUCAUGUGCGGGCACUGUGUGUGCAAUGAGGGCUGGAGUGGCAAGACCUGCAACUGUUCCACGGGCUCUCUGAGUGACACACAGCCCUGCCUUCGGGAGGGUGAGGAAUUGCCGUGCUCAGGCCAUGGGGAAUGCCAGUGUGGGCGCUGUGUGUGCUAUGGUGAAGGCCGCUACGAGGGUCACUUCUGCGAGUAUGACAACUUCCAGUGUCCCCGCACCUCCGGGUUCCUCUGCAAUGAUAGGGGACGCUGCUCCAUGGGCCAGUGUGUGUGUGAGCCUGGUUGGACAGGUGCCAGCUGUGACUGUCCCCUCAGCAAUGCCACCUGCAUCGAUAGCAAUGGGGGCAUCUGUAAUGGACGUGGCUACUGCGAGUGUGGCCGCUGCCACUGCGACCAGCAGUCGCUCUACACAGACACCACCUGUGAGAUCAACUACUCAGCGAUCCGCCUGGGCCUCUGUGAGGACCUGCGCUCCUGUGUGCAGUGCCAAGCUUGGGGCACCGGGGAGAAGAAGGGGCGCUCGUGCCAGGAGUGCAGCUUCAAGGUCAAGAUGGUAGAUGAGCUUAAGAAAGCUGAAGAGGUAGUGGAGUCCUGCUCCUUCCGGGACGAGGAUGAUGACUGCACCUACAGCUACACUGUGGAGGGUGACGGCAGCCCUGGGCCCAACAGCACCGUUCUGGUCCACAGGAAAAAGGACUGUCCUCCUAACUCCUUCUGGUGGCUCAUCCCCCUGCUCAUCUUCCUCCUGCUGCUCUUGGCACUGUUGCUGCUGCUUUGCUGGAAGUAUUGUGCCUGCUGCAAGGCCUGCCUGGCAUUGCUCCCUUGCUGUAACCGAGGUCACAUGGUGGGCUUUAAGGAAGACCACUACAUGCUGCGCGAGAACCUCAUGGCCUCAGACCACCUGGACACACCCAUGCUGCGCAGCGGGAACCUCAAGGGGCGUGACAUGGUCCGCUGGAAGAUCACCAACAAUGUGCAGAGACCUGGCUUUGCCACCCAUGCUGCCAGCACCAACCCCACAGAGCUGGUGCCCUAUGGGCUGUCCCUGCGCCUUGCCCGCCUCUGCACGGAGAACCUGAUGAAGCCUGGCACCCGAGAGUGUGACCAGCUGCGCCAGGAGGUGGAGGAGAAUCUGAACGAGGUAUACAGACAGGUCACCGGUGCACACAAGCUCCAGCAAACAAAGUUCCGGCAACAGCCAAACGCCGGGAAAAAGCAAGACCACACCAUUGUGGACACAGUGCUGAUGGCGCCCCGCUCGGCCAAACAGACUCUGCUAAAGCUGACAGAGAAGCAAGUGGAGCAGGGGGCCUUCCACGAGCUCAAGGUGGCUCCUGGCUACUACACUCUCACUGCAGAGCAGGAUGCCCGAGGCAUGGUGGAGUUCCAAGAGGGUGUGGAGCUGGUGGACGUGCGUGUGCCCCUCUUCAUCCGGCCUGAGGAUGACGAUGAGAAGCAGCUGCUGGUGGAGGCCAUCGAUGUGCCUGUGGGCACUGCCACUCUUGGCCGCCGCCUGGUAAACAUCACCAUCAUCAAGGAGCAAGCCAGCGGGGUGGUGUCCUUUGAGCAGCCUGAGUACUUGGUCAGCCACGGGGAGCAAGUGGCCCGCAUUCCUGUUGUCAGGCGCAUCCUGGACAAUGGCAAAUCCCAGGUCUCCUACCGCACUCAGGACAACACAGCCCAGGGCAAUCGGGACUAUGUCCCAAUGGAGGGUGAGCUGCUGUUCCACCCUGGGGAGACCUGGAAGGAGUUACAGGUGAAGCUCCUGGAGCUGCAGGAAGUAGAUUCCCUCCUGCGAGGACGCCAAAUUCGCCGCUUCCAUGUCCAACUCAGCAACCCCAAGUUCGGAGCCCGCCUGGGCCAGCCCCAGUCGGCCACAGUCAUCAUUGGAGAGCCAGAUGAACUGGACCGGAACCUUGUCAGUCAGGCCCUUUCAUCACUGCCACCCCCUCGUGGUGACCUGGACGCUCCACAGAACCCCAAUGCCAAAGCUGCUGGUUCCCGGAAAAUCCAUUUCAAUUGGCUUCCCCCUCCUGGCAAGCCAACAGGGUACAGGGUGAAGUACUGGAUCCAGGGUGACUCCGAGUCUGAAGCCCACCUGCUAGACAGUAAGGUGCCCUCGGUGGAACUCACCAACCUGUACCCUUACUGUGACUACGAGAUGAAGGUGUGUGCCUAUGGAGCACAGGGCGAGGGGCCCUACAGCUCCCUGGUCUCCUGCCGCACCCACCAGGAAGUACCCAGCGAGCCAGGGCGUCUGGCCUUCAAUGUGGUCUCUUCCACGGUGACCCAGCUGAGCUGGGCGGAGCCUGCUGAGACCAAUGGCGAGAUCACAGCGUACGAGGUCUGCUAUGGCCUGGUCAACGAGGACAACCGACCCAUUGGACCCAUGAAGAAGGUGCUGGUGGACAACCCCAAGAACCGAAUGUUGCUCAUUGAGAACCUUCGAGAAUCCCAGCCAUACCGCUACACAGUGAAGGCGCGCAACGGGGCAGGCUGGGGGCCUGAACGGGAGGCCAUCAUCAACCUAGCCACCCAGCCUAAGCGGCCCAUGUCCAUCCCCAUCAUCCCAGACAUCCCCAUUGUGGAUGCCCAGGGCGGGGAAGACUACGAAAGCUUCCUCAUGUACAGUGAUGACGUCCUGCGCUCCCCGGCUGGCAGCCAGAGGCCCAGCGUCUCUGAUGACACUGGCGGUGGCUGGAAGUUCGAGCCCCUGCUGGGGGAGGAGCUGGACCUGCGAAGCAUCACGUGGCUGCUGCCCCCGGAGCUCAUCCCGCGCCUGUCGGUCAGCAGCGGGCGCUCCUCCGACGACAGCGGCACGGGGGGCGCGGCCAGGGAGGGAGGCGGCCGGGCCCGCGCAGCGACGCCCCGGCCUCCCGGAGAGCACUUGGUGAAUGGCCGGAUGGACUUUGCCUUCCCGGGCAGUGCCAACUCCCUGCACAGGAUGACUGCGGCCAAUGUGGCUUAUGGGACCCACCUGAGCCCACACCUGCCCCACCCAAUGCUGAGCACAUCCUCCACCCUCACACGUGACUACCACUCUCUGACCCGCACAGAACACUCACACUCUGCCACUCUGCCCAGAGACCGCUCUACCCUCACCUCCCUCUCCUCCCAGGGCCUCCCUCCCAUUUGGGAAGACGGGAGGAGCAGGCUUCCGCUGUCCUGGGCCCUGGGGUCCUGGAGUCGAGCUCAGAUGAAGGGGCUCCCCAACUCCAGGGGCUCCCGAGACACUAUAAUCCUGGCUGGGCAGCCAGCAUCACCAUCCUGGGGUCCAGAUUUCCAUAUGGCUGUGGGCGUACCUGACACACCUACCCGGCUGGUGUUCUCUGCCCUGGGGCCCACAUCUCUGAAAGUGAGCUGGCAGGAGCCACAGAGCGAGCGUGUGCUGCUGGGGUACAGCGUGGAGUACCAGCUGCUGAAUGGGGGCGAGCUGUAUCGACUCAACAUCCCCAACCCUGACCAAACUUCGGUGGUGGUGGAAGACCUCCUGCCCAACCACUCCUAUGUGUUCCGAGUGCGGGCUCAGAGCCAGGAGGGCUGGGGCCGAGAGCGUGAGGGUGUCAUUACCAUUGAAUCACAGGUGCACCCGCAGAGCCCACUCUGCCCCCUGCCAGGCUCUGCCUUCACGCUGAGCACCCCCAGUGCCCCCGGCCCACUGGUAUUCACGGCCCUCAGCCCUGACUCACUGCAGCUGAGCUGGGAGAGACCACGCAGACCCAAUGGAGAUAUCCUCGGUUACCUGGUGACCUGCGAGAUGGCCCAAGGAGGAGGACCAGCCACCACAUUCCGGGUGGAUGGAGACAACCUAGAGAGCCGACUGACAGUACCUGGCCUCAGUGAGAAUGUGCCCUACAAGUUCAAAGUACAGGCCAGGACCACUGAGGGCUUCGGACCAGAGCGGGAGGGCGUCAUUACCAUUGAGUCCCAGGAUGGAGGCCCCUUCCCGCAGCUGGGCAGCCACUCAGGGCUCUUCCAGCACCCACUACAGGGCGAGUUCAGCAGCAUCACCACCACCCACACCAGCACCACUGAGCCCUUCCUUGUGGAUGGAUUGACCCUGGGGUCCCAACACCUGGAGGCAAGUGGCUCCCUCACCCGGCAUGUGACCCAGGAAUUUGUGAGCCGGACCCUGACUACCAGUGGAACCCUCAGCACCCAGGUGUCGGACCAACAAUUCUUCCAACCCUGAUCCCCCAACCUCCUUAGUGUCCUGGACCCUGGACCCCCUCCCCACCUUCUCUCCCCAGCAACUCCAUCCUUGGAUCUCCAGGGGCCCAGCCACCUGCACGUUGAUCACAGAGCAGGGGGGCAUCCUCUGGGAACCAUGAAAGUGGCAGACAUCCCAGAAGGCCCUUCUGGCUGCCCCCUGCCCUGGGCUCAAACCCAUUUGUAACCAAUGAGCUGAGACCAGUGCAACAAGGCCCCAGUGUUUGUUCUACACUCAUAAAACA